AAUCAUUGAUCAAUACUUGGAAACAAAUCUGCGCAAGUUAGCAAGUAAAUAGAUGUGCACAUCAGCAGCACAUAGUGUGGUCUCCAUUGCAACAUCUUCUUCUUCACUGACUUUCUUCUCACCUUUCAGCAAUUCUUCCUCAACUUGAACAGAGGAGAGAAAGUAGGAGAGAGAAUAUUUCACAACUGCAAACAAUGCUUCUUCUUCGAUUUUUCUGAAACCUUCUCAAUCAUCAAAACAAUGGAAGCUCUAACUCUUCCCCUCUUUAAUGGCCUCCAAUCCUUAAAUUACAACCCUAAUUUCGCAAUUUUCCGCAAUAAUUCCCACCAUUUCUUCAUCUCCCCAAAUAUUCGUCACAAACCCUACUUUUCUCCCCUUAAUUCCCCCUCAUUUACCUCCAAUUUCCGCAAAUGUACAGUCAAAUCCAGCGCAACUCAUCAUCAUCAUCAUCAUCACCAUGAUGAUCAUAAUCACCAUAACCACCACCAUCAUCAUCAUCAUCACCAUCAUCAUCACGGAGGUGGUGAAGUGAAGUUGAGCAAGUCUCAGGAAAGGGUCUUACGAUUUGCGAAGGCGAUAGGGUGGGUGGACUUAGCCAAUUUCUUGAGGGAGAACAUGCAAUUGUGUUGCUGUGCAAUGGGGCUGUUUCUUGCUGCUGCUGUUUCUCCAUACUUGGUUCCGAAACCUGUUGUUAAACCCUUGCAAAAUGCCUUCAUUUUCCUCGGUUUUCCUCUUGUUGGGGUUUCAGCGUCACUAGAUGCUGUUAUUGAUAUCUCUGGUGGAAAAGUUAACAUUCAUGUCCUCAUGGCUCUUGCUGCCUUUACAUCGGUAUUUAUGGGAAACUCCUUGGAAGGCGGUCUGCUCAUUGCUAUGUUUAAUUUGGCUCAUAUAGCUGAAGAAUAUUUUACGAGUCGCUCAAUGGUUGAUGUCAAAGAGCUGAAGGAGACUUAUCCAGAUUCUGCACUUGUUCUGGAUGUGGACAAGAAUAAGACACCUAAUCUCUCUUCUUUAUCCUACAAGAAGGUUCCUGUGACUGAAAUAGCUGUUGGCUCUUUUGUAUUGGUUCAAGCUGGUGAGUUUGUACCUGUGGACUCUGUAGUAUCACAAGGAAGGUCAACUAUCACCAUUGAGCAUUUGACAGGGGAAGUGAAACCAAUAGAAAGAGGUGUUGAAGACCGUAUUCCUGGGGGUGCUAGGAACUUGGAUGGCAUGCUGGUAGUAAAGGCAUUAAAGACAUGGAAGGAAUCUAUGUUAAGCAAGAUAGUGCAGUUGACUGAAGAAGCUCAUCAGAAUAAACCAAAGCUUCAGCGAUGGCUUGAUGAGUUUGGUGAACAAUAUAGUAAAGUGGUUAUGGUUUUAUCAGUUGCCAUUGCUCUUAUGGGACCUAUUAUUUUCAAAUGGCCAUUUUUCAGCACAGCAGGUUGCAGGGGAUCUAUUUACCGAGCUCUGGGACUUAUGGUUGCAGCAUCUCCAUGUGCCUUGGCUGUGGCUUCUUUGGCUUAUGCUACUGCAAUCAGUGCUUGUGCUAGGAAGGGUAUACUGCUGAAAGGUGGCCAUGUGUUGGAUGCUCUAGCUUCUUGCCACACUAUUGCAUUCGAUAAAACUGGAACGCUGACCACCGGGGAGCUCAAAUGUAAGGCAAUUGAACAAAUUCACGGACAUUAUGUUGGCAAGGAAAAAUCUGUAACUGGUGCUUGCUGUAUUCCCACUUGUGAUAAAGAAGCUCUGGCUGUUGCAGCUGCCAUGGAAAAGGGAACAACUCAUCCAAUUGGAAGAGCUAUUGUUGAUCAUAGUGUGGGACUAGACCUACCUUCAGUCUCUGUUGAAAAUUUUGAAUCUGUACCUGGCAGAGGUCUUUUAGCCACAGUAUCUGGCAAUGAGUCGGGAAUAGGAAGAGGUGAACCAGUAAAAGCAACGUUAGGUUCUGUGGAUUAUAUUGCUUCACUUUGCAAAGAUGAAGAUGAAUCACAAAAGAUAAAGGAAGCUGUUAGCACAUCCGCGUAUGGAAAUGACUUUGUUCAUGCUGCACUUUCAGUGAAUGAUAAGGUAACAUUAUUCCAUUUUGAGGAUAAACCACGGCCUGGAGUUGUUGACGUCAUUGGAUGGUUGCGGGAUCAAGCAAAGUUCCGGGUGAUGAUGCUAACUGGUGAUCACAAAUCAAGUGCAAUGAGAGUCGCAAAUGCUGUGGGAAUCACCGAAGUUCACUGUGGCUUGAAGCCUGAAGAAAAACUCAACCAUGUAGUGCGUAUAUCAAGAGAGACAGGCGAAGGCCUUAUAAUGGUUGGGGAUGGUAUUAAUGAUGCCCCUGCGUUAGCUGGUGCUGCUGUCAGUAUAGUACUUGCUCAACGUGCUAGUGCCACGGCCAUAGCUGUCUCAGAUGUCCUCCUGCUCCAAGACAACAUAUCAGGAGUUCCUUUCUGUAUAGCUAAAGCUCGUCAAACAACUUCACUGGUCAAGCAAAAUGUAGGCCUAGCACUAUCAGCUAUUAUUUUGGCCUCUCUUCCAUCUGUCUUAGGAUUUCUUCCACUUUGGCUAACAGUUCUUCUGCACGAGGGUGGCACCCUUAUUGUUUGUGCCAACUCAAUACGCGCUUUGAAUGAUCCUACCCAGUCUUGGAAACAAGACCUACAUCUUUUGCUUGAUAGUUGCAAAGCUGCUUCAGAGCAAAUACAGCAAGAAGUCCCCACACCUGGCAUCAUUCAAACAGCACAUCCGCAAUGAGGUGCUUUUUUGUUUUUAUUUAUGUAGCCAUUUUGAAGCUCGUCAUAUAGUGUGAAUGUUGAUCAACCAUAGUAAUUUUGUAAAUCAAAUAUUGAUUGAAAAUAUAAACUAGAAUUAGACCACCCACAUCUCCUCUGGUCCUGCUGUUGCCUUCUGUAAAGUCUAAUAGACUCCAAGAGAGGUCGUCCUUUUCCAGCAACCUGCUAUUGUUUUAUUCUAACCCAGGAAGCCAUUAAAUGGCCAACUUGUUUCAUGUCAAUGACUAUUAUCUACUGCAUUGUAUGUAAUUCCAGCCUCAAAAUAGUUGGCUUUGGAAUGUAACUACACAAGAACAUUUAUACAACUCUUAUGUUCACUCUUUUACUCA